CCCGGUGCCGGCUCCUCUGCCUGGCAGGCAGCGCGCUCCAACUUUGCUCUGUUCAACAACUGCUCGCAGCCCUCAGUUCUCCUCUCCCUUCAGCCUUUCUCCCCCUUAUCUAUUUUUACGUUGAGAUAUUCCAGUCCGUAGAUUUUAUAAAGUCUACCCCUCACCUUCUUAUUAUUUUGUUUAAAGGAGGGGGAAACAAUACGCUUCGCAGCCCUAGCUGAGAUCAGGGUUUUUAAUGGUACCAGAUGGUGGAAGGUCGCGGCGUUCCUGCGGUGCUGGCUGCUGCCCCGUGCCCGGGCAGCUCUGCGUGAGGUGGGGGGCUGCCAGCGGGCGCUGAGGCCAUGGAGCGCUUCCUGGGCUUCGUCAAGCAGAUACGGAGGUCGAGGAGGAGAAAAGGCAAAAAGUACCGCCCGGAGGAGGAUUACCACGAGGGCUAUGAGGAUGUCUAUUAUUAUGCCUCUGAACAUUUUCGAAAUGAGAGUCCUUACACAAAGUCUGCAAACCAGACAAGGACACCUGAUGGAGCACUGUCUGUGAGGAGACAGAGUAUUCCAGAGGAAUUCAAGGGCUCGACGAUAGUUGAAUUAAUGAAAAAAGAAGGCACUACCCUAGGGCUUACGGUAUCAGGUGGAAUCGACAAGGAUGGGAAACCAAGAGUAUCUAACCUUCGUCAAGGAGGAAUCGCUGCUAGGAGUGAUCAGCUGGAUGUAGGUGACUACAUCAAAUCUGUGAAUGGCAUCAACCUGACUAAAUUUCGCCAUGAUGAGAUCAUCAGUCUGCUGAAGAAUGUUGGCGAGAGGGUUGUUUUAGAAGUGGAGUAUGAGCUCCCUCCGGUCUCUGUACAAGGAACGGGUGUCAUCUUCAGAACUGUGGAAGUUACUUUACAUAAAGAGGGGAACACUUUUGGGUUUGUAAUAAGAGGUGGAGCACACGAUGACAGAAAUAAAUCUCGUCCUGUAGUAAUAACAUGUGUUAGACCCGGAGGGCCUGCUGACAGAGAGGGCACAAUCAAACCUGGGGACAGAUUGCUGAGUGUUGAUGGGAUCCGACUACUUGGAACAACACACGCUGAAGCUAUGAGUAUUCUCAAACAAUGUGGCCAAGAGGCAACUCUGCUGGUGGAAUACGAUGUUUCAGUAAUGGAUUCAGUUUCAACAGCAUCUGGACCACUGCUUGUUGAAGUUGCCAAAACUCCUGGUGCUGCUCUUGGGGUUGCACUGUCCACUUCGAUGUGCUGCAACAAACAGGUCAUUGUCAUAGACAAAAUCAAAUCUGCAAGUAUUGCAGACAGAUGUGGUGCAUUACACGUAGGAGACCAUAUUCUGUCCAUUGAUGGCACCAGCAUGGAGUACUGUACGCUGGCAGAAGCAACGCAGUUUCUUGCUAAUGCAGCGGAUAAUGUGAAACUUGAGAUCCUUCCUCACCACCAGACACGUCUAGCACUGAAAGGCCCAGAGCAUGUGAAGGUUCAAAGAAGCAACAGGCAACAUACCUGGGAUUCGCGUGCCAACAGCCACAGCAGUCUCCUCACCUACCACCAUUAUAACACCUACCACCCUGACCAUUGCAGGAUGCCAGCACUGAAAUUCCAGAAAGCGUCUCCUCAAAAAAGCCUUCCUUUGGUGUCUUCAUCCUUCUCUCCUACCUCCAUGAGUGCAUACAGCCUGAGUUCCCUGAACAUGGGGACCUUACCUCGCAGCCUCUACUCCACCAGCCCGCGUGGGACAAUGAUGAGGCGGAGGAUGAAAAAGAAGGACUUCAAAAGCUCCUUGUCUUUAGCCUCUAGCACUGUUGGUUUGGCUGGGCAGGUCGUCCACACCGAAACCACAGAAGUAGUGCUGACAGCUGACCCCAUAGUAGGGUUUGGGAUACAGCUCCAGGGUAGCGUGUUUGCUACUGAGACCUUGUCUUCUCCGCCUCUCAUUUCCUAUAUCGAGUCUGACAGUCCAGCAGAAAGAUGUGGAGUCCUGCAAAUUGGAGACAGAAUAGUGGCAAUAAACGGUAUUCCAACAGAAGACAGCACUUUUGAUGAGGCCAAUCAACUGCUCAGAGACUCCUCCAUCACCAACAAGGUCACUUUGGAAAUAGAAUUUGAUGUUGCAGAAUCAGUUAUACCAAGCAGUGGAACAUUUCACGUAAAACUACCAAAGAAGCAUAAUGUGGAACUUGGCAUCACCAUCAGUUCUCCAUCCAGUAGAAAACCAGGGGACCCUCUAGUUAUUUCUGAUAUCAAGAAAGGAAGUGUUGCACACAGAACUGGGACACUAGAACUGGGUGAUAAGUUGCUUGCAAUAGAUAACAUCCGACUUGACAAUUGUUCAAUGGAAGAUGCUGUUCAGAUCCUUCAGCACUGUGAGGACCUUGUAAAGUUAAAGAUCCGCAAAGAUGAAGAUAAUUCUGAUGAACAGGAGAGCUCGGGAGCAAUUAUUUAUACCGUUGAGCUCAAGCGCUAUGGUGGACCUCUUGGAAUUACAAUCUCUGGUACAGAAGAGCCUUUUGAUCCCAUAAUCAUUUCCAGCCUUACAAAAGGAGGAUUAGCUGAAAGAACUGGGGCAAUCCACAUAGGAGACAGAAUCCUAGCAAUAAAUAGUAGCAGCCUGAAAGGAAAGCCUUUGAGUGAAGCCAUUCAUUUAUUACAGAUGGCAGGAGAAACUGUCACCUUGAAAAUCAAGAAGCAGACAGAUGCUACCAGUCCCAAGAAAUUUUCUGUCCCCGUGGGUCAUAUAACUGAACUGAGUGAUGCUGAAGAUGAAACCUCUGCUGCACAGAAAUCUGGCAAACUCUCUGACAUCUAUUCUGCUACAGUCCCCAGUGUUGACAGCGCGGUAGAGUCGUGGGAUGGCUCUGGUAUUGAUACCAGCUUUGGAAAUCAAGGACCCAGCUAUCAGGCUUCGGGAUACAACUUCAAUGCCUAUGAAUGGAGGAGUCCUAAACAGAGGGGCAGUUUGUCCCCUCCAAGCAGACCACGAAACCACCCAUUUCAUGACACAGUACUGAGUGAUGAUGAAUGGGACCGACCUACGGCAAGCAGCACAGUUUCCAAGAACAUGUGGCAACAGAAGGAGACUGAGACGUUGGGAGAGAAUCAAGAAAAUCACUUAAAGCAAACUUCUGUAGAAAGGUCAGGGGGAGAGAACAUCAGGAGCAUGAAGAAAGAGGGCAAGCUGUGGAAAGGUGUCUCUGGUGGGCAGAGGAAAGGUGGGGGACAGCUGGAAGAGUGGAAUACUUCCAGCUUCGCAGGUACCCAUGAUAACACCGAGGCUGACCAGGAGGAAAACUUCUGGUCUCAGGCUCUGGAGGAUUUAGAGACCUGUGGCCAGUCAGGAAUUCUGAGGGAACUAGAGGACAAGGCUGACAGGCGUCUGUGUUUGAGAAACAUGACUCUCUUGGCCACAAUUAUGUCAGGAAGUACACUGAGUUUGAAUCAUGAAAACCCACAGCCUCGUAGCCAGCUGGGAAGACAAGCCAGCUUCCAGGAAAGAAGCACUGUAAGGCCACAUUACAGUCAAGCUUCUCGUAGCAACACAUUGCCAUCAGAUGUGGGGAGAAAGUCCAUGGUUAUGAGAAAAAUUAAGCAAGAAAUGAAAGAAAUCAUGUCACCAACUCCUGUGGAGUUACACAAGGUAACUUUGUACAAGGACUCUGAUGGAGAAGACUUUGGGUUCAGUGUCUCAGAUGGUUUACUGGAAAAAGGAGUGUAUGUUAAAAACAUUCGGCCAGCUGGCCCUGGUGAUCUGGGUGGCUUAAAACCAUAUGACAGACUUCUACAGGUAAACCACGUCCGUACCAGGGACUUUGACUGCUGUCUGGUUGUGCCCCUGAUCGCAGAAUCUGGCAAUAAGCUGGAACUGGUCAUCAGCAGAAACCCACUGGCAUCUCAGAAAGGAAGCUCAGACCAACAGCCUUCAGCAAGCGGGGAAUGGAGCGAUCAGAAUAAUGCCUUUCUUCAACAGACCGAGCAUGGUAACAUGAAUACAGAGACACGGGAUCCCACAAACACAUUAUAGCAGAAAAUCAUUUUAGUGGGACAUUUGGUAACGAAAGACAAUUAUGGUGCUAAAUCCCUUUAGGAUUUCUCUGAGGAUAAGCUCAGACAAAACAUAGCACUAAAAAGCACAGGAGGUCAGUCUGUCCGUCUCAAGGCUUAUAUUACUUAAUUCAUGAUCACUUUUUUAGAGGUUUAAUUCUUUGUUAAGUCAUUCCACUCUAAACAAUCUACCAUUAGCAACGGUACGUAAGGGCCUUUUUUUUUUUCUUUUUUUCUUUUUUCCCAAAACAGGAAACUGGGGAGAUGUUUAUACAAUGGUAUAAACGAAACGGUCCUUUCCCUUCAGCAGCAGCAGCUGUGUGAGGGGAAAAGCGCAGAGUUAACUCCUAACAGUGGGCAUCCAGGUUACAUGAUCUUUAAAAGCAUUUUACCAGGAAGUCAGUGUCAGGUGGCUGAGGAAGAAUGCUGUGCUGCAGCCCAUGCUCUCGUUAGCUGCCCUAGCGCUGUCAUUCUGGGGACCUGCGUUCUCCUGGCAAGCCGGGGACACUCUGUAGACAAAGCACGGGUUAGAUGUUGUAACAGAAUGCUUGUAGGAAGCUGCAGCAUGUGGUGAACACUGCUCCCCAACAACCGUGAUAACAUUUUAUUAGAUCAUAUGUUAUUAUUCCCUAUGCAGUGAAAUACUUAACGACGGGCCUUGCAACCUGCAGGGCUUUUUAAGUAGAGACUUUUUUUUAGUAGGAUUAAAAACCUCUGAAGGAGGAUUACAGACAAAAGUAAAACCGAAACGCAUUCAGACAAAUUAGGAAGGUUUUAAAAGAAAAUUGAUUUUUUAAAACAAUAGCAGUGGAAGAUUGAUACAAAAGUUCUUUAAGGAUCCAUAAACCUGUCAACUUCUACUGUUCUACGUGAGCUUUUUAAGCCAAACGAUUUCUUGAGGGGACCAGUGUCCCAUUUAAAAUGCUUUGUUCAGCCUUCUUUAUGAUAAACAUCCCCCUACAACACGUUUUUAGAAUUUAAAACUGUAAAUAUAUUUUACAAACAUCACAGAUUCUCUCCACUCCCCUCAAGCAAUAAAAUACUGCCAGUUGCUUUAUAUGCCCACCAGCAGCUGCUUUGGUUUAUUCCAGUAUUCAAGUUGUUCUUGGUAAUUAUUGUUCUUGGUGAAUAUAAAGAUACUGGGUUUGUACAUUUGUAGAGUCACCACAUCCAAGCAAUCACCCUACGGAGCUGUUUCUGGUCAUUUAAAACUGUUAUCUGUAUCCCUAUUGCUGUUUCCAAUCCAUGAACGAGCUCACCUGCUCCGCACACACAACUGUCUCAUCUAUAUUGCAGCACUGCCACAAAAGGCCAGAGGAACAUUCAAUGCUGAAUCAUGUAAAAAAAAAAAAGUCCAUGAGUCACUUAAAUACGUAUUUUUAUUUGUAACAAAUAAGUAUUAAACUGUAAAGUAUUUUUGUACAAAUUUAAUACUUUAAUAGCAUGAUAUUUAUCGUCUAUGUAUGUUUUUUUGAAAUUCAAACUGUUGCAAAUAUUUGUAUGGAAAAAAACUGUAUAAAUUGAAAUAAACUGUGAUUUAAGGGCGUUAAAAAGGUA